GCGUCAACGAGCACGGGAGAAUGCAGCAAGUGACGGAAGUGACGUCGGUGGCGCAAUGGAAAGCGUUUGUGUCGACGCCCAAGGUGACGGUGCUCUUCUUUUACGCCAAGAAUGUCAGCAUUGCCUCGAGCGACACCAACGCAGAUUGGUUGGGGCCGGCCAAUGUCCUGUUUACGCAGCUCGCCAUGUUGCAUCCCCGGUUGUCAUUUUGCAAAGUGGAUGCUGAGGCCGUGCCUGCGCUCAGCACCGAGUUCCACCUCGAAGUUGUGCCCACGUUUAUCAUCAGCGUGUCGUCGAACGUUGUUGAUCGCAUCGAGGGCAUGAAGGUGGCUGAAGUGGCCCAAGCUAUUGACCGCGCCAGCAAACGCCUUGCCGAUCCGACUGGGACAACUGAGACAGAAUCCAAGGCCGCGGUCCUAGACGAUGCGCUGCGCAACCGACUGCUGAAGCUUACGACGGCGUCGCCGGUGAUGGUAUUCAUGAAGGGCAGCCCCAACGAACCCAAGUGCGGUUUUUCCCGCAAGACAAUUGAACUGCUCAAGGACGAAAACAUCGAGUGCGGCACGUUCGACAUAUUGACGGAUGACACCGUCCGCCAGGGACUCAAGGUGUUCUCAAGCUGGCCAACCUUCCCUCAAGUGUAUGUGAAUGGAGCUUUCGUCGGCGGUCUCGACAUUCUCACAGAAAUGAAGGAAGAAGGCGCGCUGGCGGACCAGUUUGGCAUUCAACCUCUCGAUGACGACGAAGUCGAGAAAGCUUUGUUUGCGAGCCUAACGGAACUCAUCCAGUCGGCGCCCGUCCUCUUGUUUAUGAAAGGAACGCCAAACGAGCCCAAGUGCGGCUUCUCCCGCAAGACUGUCGAGCUUCUCCGCGGCCACCACAUUAAGUUUGCCACGUUUGACAUUCUAUCGGACGAGUCCGUGCGCCAAGGACUCAAAAAGAUGUCCAACUGGCCUACGUAUCCCCAGCUGUACGUACACGGGGCACUCGUCGGCGGCCUGGACAUCCUCACCGAGAUGGCGGAGGAAGGUGACUUGGCCGACCAACUCGGCGUCGAGAAGAAGGAACGGAAGCGCGAAUCGCCCGCGUCCGACCUCAGCGCCUUGAUCAACCGGGCACCCGUCAUGAUCUUUAUCAAAGGCACGCCGGACGCUCCCCAAUGUGGCUUUUCCCGGCAGCUCCUUGACACGUUGAACGAUGCGGGCUUCGUAUACGACUACUUUGACAUCACGACCGACGACAAGGUGCGCCAGGGCCUCAAGGCCUUCUCGAACUGGCCUACGUAUCCCCAAGUGUACGUGAAUGGCGAGCUCAUUGGCGGGCUCGACAUCAUCCAGCAGCUCAAAGACGACGGCGAGCUCGAGGCACUCAAGCCGUAACGACGCGCUCGAUCACGGCGUAACACCAAACAGUCUAUUCAAACGAUGGGUGGCUCACAGGGCGAUGCCUACGCUGUGCCUUCGACGUCAUUCUCGCCACCUUCUUCUUCUUCGUCGUCGUCGUCCUGGACAUCCUGGUCGUCGCCUUGCAGCGUGUACGCAAUGCGCGUGACAUUUUUCAGAAUGGCUUGCUUGGUCAGGUCGUCUGGCUCGUUGCCAUGCUCCUUUGUGAACCGCACAAUCGCUUCGUCCAUCAGCGCCUGACUGCAUCCCCAACAACAUGACACACGCGGGAUGUUUCUUUAGAGUGGGGUGGAG